UUUUUCAGAUAAAAUAAAAUACAUUAACUGUGAUUAUGAGUUCCACAAAGUCUCAAGUAGCCGUGGCUACAAAUAUUCCAAACAUGUCCUCAUCCAAUCAGGCCCAACAACAAAAGGAAUACAAUAGCGAAGAGUCAUUGGGCAGGCAAAACAGUUUUGGAAUGAAUCGAAGGGGUACCAUGAAGGGAAAACAUUUGACACGGAGUCAUGCCAUGCGAGAGGCUACAUCACCACCGCGAACUCCCACACCCAGAACAUCUGAGUCUUCUUCGCAGCCGCAAUUGUCACCGAAUGGAUACCAGCAACAGCAUCACCACAUAGAUGUUGGUGAACCGAAUAGCAAUAACAACAAUAAAUUGCAUACACAAUCAUCAACAAGAGGCAAUUCCCCAAUAGUAGAUACACCAUCUGUGAUUGUAACUAGUCAACACAAACAGCAACAGUUAUCCCAACAAACGCAGCAGCAGCAACAACAUACCAAUGUUGCCCUCUGCAAUGAAACAGAGUUUCCAAAAUUAACUCCUCCUAAAUCCAAAGGCGGUGGAGGCGCUGGCACUUCUGGAGGAGCAGCAUCCAAUUGUGGUCACAACAGCAACAACGGGCAACAACAACUGCCACCAAACCAACGUUCUAAUAGUCUAACUAAUAAUAAUAACAACAACAACAAUAGUGAAGGAAAUGCGGGCAACAACAAAAAGUCUAAUGGCGAAGUAUCGGGACUUAACGAUACGCACAAUAAGGCCACGAGCAAUUCAAAUUCUGCCUCUGUGUCCAAUAAGAGUUACAGUCAACCCCAGCAACAGUCAUAUAACGCAGGUAGUGCUUUACAAAAAGCUUUAAAGAUAACGGACAGCUCCCAGCCGUCGCAGCAACAGCAUGGCUCAUCCUCACAAACCAAUAGCGUCUAUAAUUCACCAAUGAAUUAUCAAAUGCACCCCAACGAUGGAGGUCACAACCAGCAGCAACAGCAGGCGACGUCGUACAUUGUCUACGAUAAGGAGAAUCGCUGUCCGCGCAACGAUAGUCAAAAUAGUGUGAAUUCUAGCGAAGAUAUGCAUUACAUGGACUCGCAGCAACCGCACUCACAGCAACAUCACAGCCAGCAACAUCAACAGCAGCAACAAUCCCAACAUCAUCAACAACGUACCGGUGGAAAUAAAAAGCAUCGCACCAAUUCUAAUUCGAAAGGAUCAAAGCCGCGUUUGAAAAAUAUUAGCGGUGGUGGAUCCAGUGGAGGUAAUAACUCAAACACCAGUGGUAGUUGUGGUGCUGGUGGCGGUGGUCCAAGUGGAGGGGGCAGCAUGGAUGGCAGCUUGAACAGUAGCAACAACACAUCCGGAUUUAUUUCAAGAGAAAAUUCCAACGAACAGUACACAGAUCACGGCGGCACCGAUCUGCUCAGUUUCUUUAAAGAGACGUUGAACAAAAAUGUUAAAGAUCGUCAGUUUCUGCUGAAGGUCGAGAAGGACCUUAUUGAAUUUGUGCAGGAAGGAGGACGGGGCGAAAUACGAUUUCCUCAAGCAUCGUCGUACAAUCGUAUGUUGAUACAUCGAACUGCAGCCUUUUUUGGCAUGGAACAUAAUGUCGACACCGAAACGCAACAGUGCGUCAUUGUGGCACCGACUAAAAACACUCGCAUACCGGAUAUACGAUUUAAAACGCUGGUCAUACACAAUCGUGACGAUUCACGGAAGUCUAUAUUAAAGCGGGACACGCACAGUUUCGAUGAGGCACGACAAAGUAGCUACUUAUGUCCAGAUCGUGGUAUGUUGGACCGCAAGGCAAAGAGUUUUGAGGAACGUGAGGAAGACUAUGACCGUGCUCGUUCUCGUAUUUUUAAUCGAAGUCAGAAUGAGGCUUGUGGUGGCAGCACGGAUGAGGAUAACAAUUAUAUCAGCUGGACAAGUUCAGUCGAACAGCAGCAAUUUUCUCGUGGCCGUUCGAGUGGAAAAGUACUCAAGAUACAAAACUCUCCCGAUGGUCGUUCUGGGAGUGUGGCGACAAAGGGAAAUAAUUAUAAUAAUUAUGGACCUUCUCAGAGCGGUGCUCCUCCGUUGAUGCGAGGCGAUUCUGCUAACUCUAAUAAAGGAAACAGUGGAGGUAACAAUCGAAUCUUCUCCAAGCAAGAAUCAAUAGGAAGUGCAAGUACAUCAUGGAGACUGUCGCCCUCGAGUAGUGGCUAUAAAACACGAACACAAUCGGUUCAGUCCGAUUCGGUCAUACCAUCGCCCACCGAUGUUUAUGGCGGCAAUGAUGAACAGCAUAUGCCACAACAUUCUUCAGUCAUCACGAAUAGGGAGAACAUUGAUGCUACAAAAUCCCUGCCCUCUUGUGGACUUGUUUGGGCUGUUACAGAUAUUUCAAAUGUGCCGAAAGGCAGUGUUUUGAUCAAUCCACAAACCCUACAACCAAUCUUAAAUGCAGACGGUACUGUCUAUCAUUUUGACCCGUCCAAUCCACCACCAAAUCAAGCCAUGCCUGUUGGUGGUAACAAUGGUAGCGGCAGUUCCAAUUCCACCAUAUACCAUUCGACGCAGAGUAUCUCUUCUCCACAACAGCAUGCUAUGCAAAGUACUGUAAAGAAGCCAAACAAGGGUUACCAGAUGGCGUCGCAACAGCAGCACCAACAAUGUCAACAGCAAUUCAGUCCUAUGGAUGCAACACCGCCUCCUGUUGCUGUGGAGGCUGUAUCCGAGUCGUCAACACAAACGGUAAAUGAAGGCGAUGAUGCGAUUGGCAAGAAUUUGGACGCUAUCAAUUACAAUGACGGUGGUGAUGCAUCCAAUAAAGAUGAUAACGAUGAAUGUGAUAAUUCGGCUAAUGGCUGUCUCAGUAUAACUACCACAACAUCAACGAAGAACUACGACCGUAUUGAAGUCCAGAAGUUCAAGAACCAAGCUACAAGUCCUAAUAUUCCCAUAAGUGAGCAGGAAGAUCUUUCCAAGUUUGAGAAUUCAAGCCAAACGCCCAGAAAUGUUGUGACUCCAACCCAACAACAAACGCAUCCACACCACCAACAACAGCAAACUCAGAACCGUGAAACACCCGUUUCGGCACGCUCUACUCCGUUUAGCAAUAACGACACAUUGACCAAACGGUCUUCCGAGGAACCUAGAACUAGUUGGACCCAAAGCUACCAGGCUCCUGAUGGUUCUACAGUAUUUCACACAAAUACUCCGAGUGGAAGUAAUCCAUAUUGUACUACCACAUAUCAGCAAGGGCCCGAUGGAAGCAUUUAUGCUGUACCACAGGGAAUGAUCUACGCUUAUCCACCGCCUGUGGAAGGAGAGUUUCAAGGAUAUUUAAUGCCUGUAUUCGAUCCUACACAGCAGCGGGGAGAAUCUGCAGGUAUUUUACCACCCGGAACGCAGACAAUAUAUCCGACUGGUGGUACCACGACGAUGGUACCAGUAGCCGCUUAUCCAACUGCCCAGUUUACAACAACAAAUGGCACUCCUAUUUAUCCUGGCCAAGUGAUAUACUCCGGAGAACAGUUUCAGGCGGCAGCGGCACCACUUCCCGCUGCGGCGCCAGCUUCAACAACAGGUCAACUGCAGCAAAUACCAAUGACAACAUAUCCAAUUGGAUAUCCUUACCCAUAUAACGGAUACUGGGGCCAAACCAUGACAUACUAUGUACCUCAACAAGCAGUACCCGCCACAUCACUGUUAACUUCACAGGCUCCACCACAAGCUGCGCCUGCUAAUGGUGCUCACGUCGCAGGCGGCGUGAAUGUAUCAGGACCUAGUGGACUCAAUUCGACGGCUGGACCGUCAAUCAGUUCUUCAAAUGUUAGUAGUACACAAGGAAGUAGUGGUGGAUGCCCUCAGAAUGCUAAUCUUCAAAAUGGACCAGCGCCGAAUUGCUAUCAACAGCACGUCAACACCGGCUCCGCUAUGACUAGUGGUGGAAACAAUCACAACAGCGGUACUACAUACUACGGCACAGGCCGUAUAAAACGACCCAAUCCCUCACACUUCUCCAGCAGUGGAGUAAGCGGUGGUCCACAGGUGUUGACAGCUACCGCAUUGCCGAAUGGGGUCAGUGCAACGACAUAUCAAUUGGGCCCAGUACCCACACUGACAUUAGCAGCGACAGCACCACCGGCAGCAGCUACCGGAACACCAACUACUUCAGAUUUAAGCACUGGCGGUGCGACUUCGGCAACAGCAACAAUGUAUGCUUUACCACAACAUGCGACAAUUUUUCCGGCUAACAUGUUCCCAUAUGCUGCUAACGCGACGCCAGCACUAGGUCCGCAGUCUGCGGCGGGAAUGGCACAGCAAGCUGCGAUUCUUUCUCAGCACAGCAACCCACAAAUACAAGCUCAUGCUACUGGCACUUCAGCAGGAGCCAUACACACUACUCAUCAUUCUAAUACUGUGAUUACGCCGUUUUAUGCCACAACUCACCAUUCGAACCCACAUGCGGCCAUACCGACGGGAACUCAUGCAAUACACGGUCCAGGUCCGGCUGCAAUACCAAUAGUGGAUCCGGCAUCGCUUAUAAAUGCAGCACAAAAUGGAAGUGGAAAUCCCACCUAUAUGACAAGGGGCGGGAGCGCAGGAAUCGCCGUAGGCACGAGUAAUAAUAGUACCUCGCAAUCGGCACCCAGCACACCACACUCAAUACCCUCGGUGCAGCUUCACUCUCAGCGUAACCCUCCUGUAUUUUCAACACCUCCCAUAAUGAAUAACAAUGCGGCACACUACAGCAGCGCCAGUUCGACUCCACAUUUCUAUGUGGAUCAGAAUCAACAAUCCGGUAGUGGAAAUAGCAAUAGUCCCCAUACCUCGUAUCCUUCAAAUACGUACGAGAAGAGAAACAAUGGCAAUGGUAGCGGAGGUGGAAAGAAAACAAUUGCCUACCAAAGCGCAAGUUUAAGUCGUCAAAAUUCAACAAACACGGGUGGGUACAAUAGUAAUGGAGGUGGUGGCGGUGGUACCAAGCCACCGUCUUUGUUGGGCAAUAACAAUAACAACGAUACCCGAGCAUCGCCAGGCAGCAGUAGCACAAACUCUAGGGCACAUUCGAUUAAACGAUCUGGUGGUAGUAGUGUCAACGAGAAACCCCAAACCCCCCUAUUAAGUGGCCCACCCAGUUAUCCCGGGAGUGCAAACGUGAAUAAUAACAAUUUUGCGACUACGACAAAUGUUGAAAUGACACCGAGUACAGUUCCAAUAGUUAACGUUGCGAAGCCUCCAAUACGACUAAAUGCAGCAGCAGCGGCAUUCCGUCACAAGGGAUCUGUUUCGAACAGCGCAGGUGGUGGAGGUGUUGUGGAAUCUCGGCGAAAUCCGGCUUCUCAACGCAAUUCACCAAGCACAAACGCGAGCAGCAGCAAUGACAAUAGCAACAAUAAUUCACCAAACAGUAUACAUAAUUCUUCCAACGCUGCCACUCCGAUUGCAGCCAGCUGCUAUGCCGCACCCUCAUAUAUGAUAAAUGCUCAGAACAAUGGUGGUGAAGCUGCUCUUACUCAUCACCCGCCACCACCACCGCCAUCGCUGUACAUAACAACUGCACGAGGGCCUGCACACAUUCCACCACAUUUGCAAACAGCAGCAACAACUGCAGGUGGGGCAGCUACUGCCACAGCUGCAAUGCCCCAACAGGCGACCACAGCCGUUUUAGGAGGUGCAGCAGCGGCCGCGGCAGCAGCCGACGUCGCGAAUGCAGCAGCAGUAGCUGCUGCUGCUGCAACAGUUGCUCACCAUCACCAUCCUCAGCCAUUAUUGGGUACAUACAACCCGGGAGCAUCCGGAUUGUACUUUAAAUAUGGUCAUACAUAUUUUGCCCACCCUUCCGUAGCUUUACCAAAUAGUCGUCGCUCUCCAUCGACAGAUUUAAGACCUCCCAUUGCACAGGUAGCGGGCAUGUACCCAGCAAUGAACAUGAUGAUACCAGCCCAGCCUCGGCAUCCAGGUCGCCAUCCCAAUCCCAACUACAAAGGGACACGACCCCGUUGAUAUUCCCGGUUGAAUUGAUGGCAUGACCACAACAAAAGAGUAAACACAAUGAUGCUAUACCAAAAACCUUAAAUUAGAAUAAGUUAAAACGACAACAA